CUUCUUUUGGCUCACUCUCGACUUCGUCCACCUCUGGGUUGCUUUUCCCUAGUCCUUGCGUCCGCAUGUCGUCGGCCGCAAUCGUGGAAGCCUCACGCGGGAGUGCCGUUCCUGCGAAGACCCCGCGGGUGGCUUUCCAAUCCUGCCACCAUGAAUGGGGUCGUGAUCCCCCAAACGCCCAUUGCUGUGGACUUUUGGAGCCUGCGCCGUGCUAGUACCGCGCGGCUCUUCUUCCUAACCCACAUGCACUCCGACCACACGGUGGGCUUGUCUAGCACUUGGGCACGGCCCCUCUACUGCUCCCCAAUCACUGCCCAUCUCCUCCACCGUCACCUACAGGUGUCUAAGCAGUGGAUCCGAGCGCUGGAGGUUGGUGAGAGCCAUGUAUUGCCUCUCGACGAAAUUGGGCAAGAAACCAUGACUGUAACCCUUCUAGAUGCCAACCACUGCCCUGGUUCUGUCAUGUUUCUCUUUGAAGGAUACUUUGGAACAAUCCUCUACACAGGUGAUUUUCGAUAUACACCAUCCAUGCUGAAGGAGCCUGCCCUGAGUCUGGGGAAGCAAAUUGAUACUUUAUAUCUCGACAACACCAAUUGCAAUCCAGCCCUGGUUCUUCCUACCCGACAAGAAGCUACUCGGCAGAUUGUCCAGCUCAUUCGGCAGUUCCCACAACAUAACAUAAAGAUUGGUAUGGCAUCACAGCUGCAGGUGUUUUCCCCCCCAUCAGUGUCGUCGAGUGCCUUCUGCAGUGCGAAGAAACUGAAAAUAGAGCCCUCUGGCUGGGAUGUUUCAGGACAGAGCAGCAACGACAAAUAUUAUACCCACAGCAAAACCCUCCCAGCCACACAAGGGCAAGCCAGCUCCUCUCACCAGGUAGCAAAUUUCAAUAUUCCUGCUUACGACCAGGGCCUCCUCCUCCCAGCUCCUGCAGUGGAGCAUAUUGUGGUAACAGCUGCUGAUAGCUCAGGCAGUGCCGCCACGGCAACCUUCCAAAGCAGCCAGACCCUGACGCACAGGAGCAACGUUUCUUUGCUUGAGCCAUAUCAAAAAUGUGGAUUGAAAAGAAAAAGUGAGGAAGUCGACAGCAACGGUAGUGUGCAGAUCAUAGAAGAACAUCCCCCUCUCAUGCUGCAAAACAGAACUGUGGUGGGUGCUGCUGCCACGACCACCACUGUGACCACCAAGAGUAGUAGUUCUAGUGGAGAAGGGGAUUACCAGCUGGUCCAGCAUGAGAUCCUUUGCUCUAUGACCAACAGCUAUGAAGUCUUGGAGUUCCUAGGCCGGGGGACAUUUGGACAGGUGGCAAAGUGCUGGAAGCGGAGCACCAAGGAAAUUGUGGCGAUUAAGAUCUUGAAGAACCACCCGUCCUAUGCCAGACAAGGGCAGAUUGAAGUGAGCAUCCUUUCCCGCCUAAGCAGUGAAAAUGCUGAUGAGUAUAAUUUUGUCCGUUCUUACGAGUGUUUCCAGCACAAGAAUCACACCUGCCUUGUGUUUGAGAUGUUGGAGCAGAACUUGUAUGAUUUUCUAAAGCAGAACAAGUUCAGCCCGCUGCCACUCAAGUACAUCAGGCCAAUCUUGCAGCAGGUGGCCACAGCCUUGAUGAAGCUGAAGAGUCUGGGUCUCAUUCAUGCUGACCUCAAACCUGAAAACAUAAUGCUGGUUGAUCCAGUUCGCCAGCCCUACCGAGUGAAGGUCAUUGACUUUGGUUCUGCUAGUCACGUUUCCAAAGCUGUGUGUUCAACCUACCUGCAGUCACGCUACUACAGAGCCCCUGAAAUUAUUCUUGGAUUACCAUUCUGUGAAGCUAUUGACAUGUGGUCACUGGGCUGUGUGAUAGCGGAGCUGUUCCUGGGAUGGCCUCUUUAUCCUGGUGCUUCAGAGUACGAUCAGAUUCGUUAUAUUUCACAAACACAAGGCCUGCCAGCUGAAUAUCUUCUCAGUGCUGGAACUAAAACAACCAGGUUCUUCAACAGAGAUCCUAAUUUGGGGUACCCACUGUGGAGGCUUAAGACACCUGAAGAACAUGAAUUGGAGACUGGAAUAAAGUCAAAAGAAGCCCGGAAGUAUAUUUUUAACUGCUUAGACGACAUGGCUCAGGUAAAUAUGUCUACGGACUUAGAGGGAACAGACAUGUUGGCAGAGAAGGCAGAUCGGAGAGAAUACAUUGAUCUCUUAAAGAAAAUGCUGACGAUUGAUGCGGAUAAGAGAAUCACUCCUCUGAAAACUCUGAACCACCAGUUUGUGACAAUGACUCACCUUCUGGAUUUUCCACACAGUAACCAUGUUAAGUCUUGUUUCCAGAACAUGGAGAUCUGCAAGCGGAGGGUUCACAUGUAUGACACAGUGAGUCAGAUCAAGAGUCCCUUCACUACACAUGUUGCUCCAAAUACAAGCACAAAUCUAACCAUGAGCUUCAGCAACCAGCUCAACACAGUGCACAAUCAGGCCAGUGUUCUAGCUUCCAGUUCUACUGCAGCAGCUGCUACUCUUUCUCUGGCUAAUUCAGAUGUCUCACUGCUAAACUACCAAUCAGCUUUGUACCCGUCGUCUGCUGCACCAGUUCCUGGAGUUGCCCAGCAAGGUGUUUCUUUACAACCUGGAACCACCCAGAUCUGUACUCAGACAGAUCCGUUCCAACAAACAUUUAUAGUGUGUCCACCUGCUUUCCAGACUGGGCUGCAAGCAACAACAAAACAUUCUGGAUUCCCUGUGAGGAUGGAUAAUGCUGUGCCCAUUGUACCCCAGGCGCCUGCUGCUCAGCCACUACAGAUACAGUCAGGAGUACUUACUCAGGGAAGCUGUACACCACUAAUGGUAGCAACUCUCCACCCUCAAGUAGCCACCAUCACACCGCAGUACGCGGUGCCCUUUACCCUGAGCUGCGCUGCCGGCCGGCCGGCGCUGGUUGAACAGACUGCUGCUGUACUGCAAGCCUGGCCUGGAGGAACACAGCAAAUUCUCCUACCUUCAACUUGGCAGCAGUUGCCUGGCGUGGCUCUACAUAACUCUGUCCAGCCUACAGCAGUGAUUCCAGAGGCCAUGGGGAGUAGCCAGCAGCUAGCAGACUGGAGGAAUGCCCACUCUCAUGGCAACCAGUACAGCACUAUCAUGCAGCAGCCUUCUUUGCUAACUAACCAUGUGACGUUGGCCACUGCUCAGCCUCUGAAUGUUGGUGUUGCCCAUGUUGUCAGACAACAACAAUCUAGUUCCCUCCCUUCAAAGAAGAAUAAGCAGUCUGUUCCAGUCUCAUCCAAAUCCUCUCUGGAAGUUCUGCCUCCCCAAGUUUAUUCUCUGGUUGGCAGCAGUCCUCUGCGUACCACAUCUUCUUACAAUUCUCUCGUCCCUGUCCAAGAUCAACACCAGCCAAUCAUCAUUCCAGAUACCCCCAGCCCUCCUGUGAGCGUCAUCACUAUCCGUAGUGAUACCGAUGAAGAAGAGGACAACAAAUAUAAGCCCAAUAGCUCGAGCCUGAAGGCAAGGUCUAAUGUCAUCAGUUACGUUACUGUCAAUGAUUCUCCAGAUUCUGACUCUUCCCUGAGCAGCCCAUAUUCCACUGACACCCUGAGUGCUCUCCGGGGCAACAGUGGGUCACUUCUGGAAGGACCUGGCAGAACUGCCACAGAUGGCACUGGCACCCGUACCAUCAUUGUGCCUCCACUGAAAACUCAACUUGGCGACUGCACUGUAGCAACCCAGACCUCAGGUCUCCUUAGCAGUAAGACCAAGCCAGUGGCCUCAGUGAGUGGGCAAUCAUCUGGAUGCUGUAUCACCCCCACAGGGUACCGAGCUCAGCGAGGGGGGACCAGUGCAGUGCAGCCACUCAACCUUAGCCAGAACCAGCAGUCAUCGUCAGCUCCAACCUCGCAGGAAAGAAGCAGCAACCCUGCUCCCCGCAGACAGCAGGCAUUUGUGGCCCCACUCUCCCAAGCCCCCUACGCCUUCCAGCAUGGCAGCCCACUGCACUCGACGGGGCACCCACACUUGGCCCCAGCCCCUGCUCACCUGCCAAGCCAGCCUCACCUGUACACGUAUGCUGCUCCUACUUCUGCCGCUGCACUUGGUUCCACGAGUUCCAUUGCUCAUCUUUUCUCCCCGCAGGGCUCCUCAAGGCAUGCUGCAGCUUAUACCACCCACCCUAGCACUCUGGUGCACCAGGUUCCGGUCAGUGUUGGGCCUAGCCUCCUCACUUCUGCCAGCGUGGCCCCUGCUCAGUACCAACACCAGUUUGCCACUCAGUCCUACAUUGGGUCUUCCCGAGGCUCAACAAUUUACACUGGAUACCCACUGAGUCCUACCAAGAUCAGUCAGUAUUCUUAUUUGUAGUUGAUGAGCACCAGGGAGGCUUCACGGCUGCCUGCUCCUGGCCCUGAGUUCUUAAAUGGGCUCUGGUGAACACCUCCAUUGUCUUCUCAUGGACGUUCCUAGCCCGCAGCCUGUUCUGCAGGGGUCCACUGAAAGCAGGCUUUGCUCUGGGGAACCGCACUCGGUGUUGACUGCAUUGUUGUAGUCUCCCAAGUCUGCCCGAUUUUUUAAUUCUUUAUUCUUGUGACAGCAUUUUUGGACCUUGGAAGAGCUGAGAAGCCCAUCUUCUGCAGUCACCAAGGAAGAAAGAUCAUUCUGAUGUUAUCCUCUGACAUACAUUUGUCUCUUUAACUUUAUUUCUAUAAAUGCUUUUAAAAACAAGUGAAGUGUUUCUUAACUUUGUUUUAUUAAGAUUGCUGGUCAGAGGAAAAAUGCUAAUAGAAAGAUUUGAAAUGUAACAGAUAAGAAAAAGUCAUUACUUUUUGUUUGUUUAAAAACCAAGACUUCUUGCCUUUUAUUUUACAAGCAGCUUUUUCAAGGCUGUACUUUCCUGUCAGACACUUUUACUCAAAAGUUGGUCUUUGCUAAUGGCACAUUGAAGCUUAAAGUGAUUUAGGUUUUUUUUUCCAUGUUGUAUUUCAUUAUUGGACAAUUAUUACUACUGUUGGCAAAAGUGGCUAAGUAUUGAAAUGUUUGCAGUUGCUUCUGUGUUCGUUGCAGUGUGAUGUUAAAAAGGCAGCCCAGCACUUGCUGGACCUCAGUGUCCACCGAGGAUUCUUUUUCAACAAAGCACCAUGAAUUCUUUCUUGGAUUAUUUUUUUUUAAGUUCUCUCUAUGGUUCAACUCAAAUUCUUCAAUUCUACUAGAAAAGCCAGUGAAAUGAUGUGUAUGGUGGGUUUUUUGUUUUGUUUUGCAUAUAAAGUGAAGAAUCUCUCUCUAGGAAGAGAUACUGGCACUGGUGAGCUUUGCCCAAGAUUUCUAUGAAUUUUCAAUAACGCACCUCUGUGUUUUUCUCAUCUCUCCCUUCUGUUUCAUGUGACUUAUCUGAGGGGAAAGCUAAAGAACUAAACCAGAUAAGUUGUGUAUAGCUUUUAUACUUUCAAGUAGCUUCCUUUGUAUGCCAACAGCAAAUUGAAUGCUCUCUUAUUAAGACUUAUAUAAUAAGUGCAUGUAGGAACUGCAAAAAAUAUUUUAAAAGUUUAUUACUGAAUUUAAAAAUAUUUUAGAAGUUUUGUAAUGGUGGUGUUUUAAUAUUUUGCAUAAUUAAAUAUGUACAUAUUGAUUAGAAAAAUAUAACAAUUUUUCCUCUAACCCAAAAUGUUAUUUGUAAUCGACUGUGUAGUGAUUACACUUGAAUUGUGUAUUUAGUGUGUAUCUGAUCCUCCAGUGUUACCCCGGAGAUGGAUUAUGUCUCCAUUGUAUUUAAACCAAAAUGAACUGAUACUUGUUGGAAUGUAUGUGAACUAAUUGCAAUUAUAUUAGAGCAUAUUACUGUAGUGCUGGGUGAGCAGGGGCAUUGCCUGCAAGGAGAGGAGACCCUUGGGAUUGUUUUGCACAGGUGUGUCUGGUGAGGAGUUGUUCAGUGUGUGUCUUUUCCUCCCCCCCUCCUCUCUUCCCUUAUUGUAGUGCCUUAUAUGAUAAUGUAGUGGUUAAUAGAGUUUACAGUGAGCUUGCCUUAGGAUGGACCAGCAAGCCCCAGAGGACCCCAAGCCGUUCACUGGGAUUAACAGAACAGGUUUAGUAGCUGUGUUGUGUAAAUGCAUUGUUCUCAGUCUCUCUGCCAACAGAGAAAAAUCAAAACAGCAGCCUUCCUUCUUUACUGCCACUGCUGUCCCGUUUCAUUUUGGAUCCUUAGCUCAGUUCUCAUGGAAGCAUUCCCCUAUGUGGCUCUCUCUCUCUGUGCCUUGCUACCUGGCUUCUGUAAGAGUUCAGGGAGCAGGUGAGAUAGUGAAGCCAGUACUAAAUAUGCAUAUUUGAAAGUAUGUGCAAUCACUUAGGAUGGGAUUUCCUUUUCUCUUUUCCCAUGCAGUAGUCCUUCCUGUGCAUAGGUGACAUUACUAGUAAACUAUUUGCUUGUUUGUUUUUUUUUAAAGCAUGUAACAGAAGUGUUUAUACCAAAGAGCCUGUUGUAUUGCUUAACAUGUCCCCGUAUUAUGAGGAGGCUUUUGUAGAAACUACUGGUGACAAGAAGCUCACUGAAAGGCUUCUGAAUCAGUGAAGAAUAUUCUGUCCAUUCUUGGGGCCCGUCAAGCUGUGAAAUUGUCCUAGUGUUCAACUCCUCCAUGGAUUAGGGUCAAGCUGAAGGUACUGGAGGUGAGAACAUCCUUGCCAUGAAGGAUUGGCAAGGAGAAGGUUAGCCCUGAGUUACAGAUGUGUUCCACCUGAAUCGAAGAUUACACUUGAGUGAGAAGUGUAGGAUUGGUUCUGUAUAGAGAUGGUGUCCGGAAGGUGCAGGAUGGAGAUGGGAGAUCAUGGAGCCUGGUCAGCAAGCUCUGAACCAGGUGAAACACCGAGGAGCUGUCAGCGAAUUUGGAGUUUCUUCAUCAUGGGGAGUAGGGGUUUCCAGGAUGGGGCAGGUCGUCAGGACAGCCUGCCAGGAACAUGGUGUAUUUUCUGUCUGCUCUUUAGUUAUAUUAAGCUGCUGUACAUUCCGCAGUCUGUUGUUGAGACAACCACGCGUUCGUGUAGUUUGUCACUAGUGUCAAACAGUGUAAGUCAGUGUGUGUGUGAUUUUUGUGCCUCCUUUCCCCCAAGCAUUCUGGUUUUCUUGUUUAAAUACAGUUCUAGUUUCUAAUCGGGACAUUUUUGUACUUUAUCUUUCCUCUCUACAAGGGACAAAAUUUAUUGGUUUUGUAGGAAUGAGAUGCAGGGGAAAAAACCAACCCAACCCCAGCAUGCCCCCUCAUCCAAUAAGCAGUUACUGAAGAUGGGUGUCUUCAAUCCAUGGGGAAAGAGAAUGCCUGAGUGCUCACAUCAUCGCCUUUAACAUCUGCCUAGCAGUGUGAUUGACAGGCUCUGAGGUUGUCAGUCUGCAAAGAUGACCCACCACUCUGCUGAGUGUGUGUCCUGGACGUGGUUUUACAUCCACUCUGGACCGGGGUGUAAACAUUGACUGCCUGCCCUGCUGUCAUGGAAGGAAGCCCCAUGAAUAUAGUGAGCCACUGGCCUGGGUCAGCAUCGCCUGACCUUGGACUAACUUAAGGCUUAAACCCUCUUUUAGAACUUGCAUUUCUAGCGUCUCCCUUUCCAGAGGAGAGGAAAUGGGGAGGGUUCAUAGAGCCACCCAGGCUUGCCAGGACGCAGAAUCACCUCAGAGUUCCCAGUCACUGUCAGGUUCCGCUGAAAUGCCAACCCCAGGAAUAAGCACCCCAUUUCAAACAGUUCUGGCCAUCGAAAGUCUGCCUUUGUGGUUGCUCAUCCACCAUCCUCCACUAGAGGGGCUUAGCUUGACUGCCCUUCGCCAGGCAAGCACAGAAAUGUGUGCUUUAUUCUGCAUUAUUUAUUAUGCAGAGAUCUACUAGUUGAGAUGGUUUGUUUUAGGAUAGGAACUGAAGUUGCCUCUCAGUGACAGGAAUGGCCGAGCCUGCUUUGUGUUUUGACUUUUUUUAAACUGAUGGAUGGUGCAGCAUGUCUCCAUGUCUCCAUGGUGUUUGUUGCUAAACUUUAUAUAACAUGUGGUUUCAAUUGAGCUUGAAAAAUAAUCUCAUUAUAUGUAGCAGUACAUUAUAUGUACAUUAUAUGUCAUGUUAGUAUUUCUGCUUUGAAUAAUUGCAAUGGAAUUCCUACUUUAUUAAAUGUAUUUGAUAUGCUAGUUAUAUAUAUGUGUGUGAUUUAAACUUGUUUUUCCCCCCCUUUCCUGGUUGUGUGUUUCCUUUUACAAGCUUCUAGAAACAGGUAGUUCUGAGAAUUACUGAGCUUUGUUUGUAAUGCAGGUGUACUUAGGGAGUAUGUAAAAUAAUCAUUUUAACAAAAAGAAAUAGCUAUUUAAAAUUUAAUACUAACUAUGGGAAAAGGGUCCAUUGUGUAAAACAUAGUUUAUCAUUGGAUUCAAUGUCUGUCUUUGGUUUUACAAAGUAGCUUGUAUUUUCAGUAUUUUCUACAUAAUAUGGUAAAAAGUAGAGCAAUUGCAAUGCAUCAAUAAAAUGGGUAAAUUUUC